AUGGACCUGGAAGAAACACGAACCCCAAAAUUGUGCGGCUGCGCAACCCCCGAUGGCGGCUCUGUCUGCGUGUGCGCGACUCAGGUCGGCCGCGCCUUGGCGGAUGAAGAGCUCGAGGCGCUGAGGAAGCAGAGGCUGGUGGAGCUGCAGGCCAAGCAUGGGGAUCCUGGUAAUGCAGCCCAACAGGAAGCAAAGCAAAGGGAAGCAGAAAUGAGAAAUAGUAUCUUAGCUCAAGUUCUGGAUCAGUCAGCCCGGGCCAGGUUAAGUAACUUAGCACUCGUAAAACCUGAAAAAACUAAAGCAAUAGAGAACUACCUUAUACAGAUGGCAAGGUACGGACAACUAAGCGGGAAGGUGUCAGAACAAGGGCUAAUAGAAAUACUUGAGAAAGUCAGCCAACAGACAGAAAAGAAGACAACAGUUAAAUUCAACAGAAGAAAAGUAAUGGACUCCGAUGAAGAUGAAGAUUACUAA